GGUCGUGAUUCACCUGACCCAUUGGAUCACGAUGUCACUUGUUGUCCUUGUUGAGAUGAUUGAUUAUUUGGAUUAAGCCAUGGACCUAUUAGGCCUACAUUAAACGCAAGUAAGACAGUCAACCAUUGUUGCACUGUGGCAUAUCAGUGACAUGACAUUUGCAACUCGAGAUUGUAAAAGCAACUGCACAUAGAUAUCCAUGCCAACGGCCAACAACCAAGAUUUCUUGAAAGUUCUAGGCUGCGAGGAUCCGUCCAAGGUGAUGCGACGUACUUCGCCCGUAACUUCCGCGAUGUGUAAUCUUCAAAUUUCAUAACGGAUACUUGAAGGCUUUGUGGUUCCUCGAACAAUGUCUGGAGGUUUCACUUUUUAUUAUCAAUGAUGACCUUGCACUGACCUCUGGCCAUUCCCACAAUGCUCGAUCCAUCCCUUCCCUGGCUAGCCACUGGCUACCGCAACUUCAAGGAAAAGGAAUUUUGCCGGCCACAUUCAGCAACAGACUCUGCCCACCAUAGAUACCUGGAAAAUGGCAGCAACCACCGGGAGCUACGCCCCACCACGCCUGCCCAGCACCAGCAUCGGCGGGUCAAGAGUGCAACUUAUGGGCGUGUCCACGGCGGCGCCCCCACAAUCAAACACAGACUUUCGUCACGACCCCGUAGUGCUCGUUCUACUGAGAACUUCAAGAACGAGAAAGUGGGCUGUUAUAACUUUUCACCCGAGACCAUCCAAGCGUUAGCGAGACGGCCAAAGAGUGCAUCUGCAGUGUUGCUGCGGCAUCAUAGACCUUCUGCAGCUCAAAAUAAAAGCGUGACACAAGUUGAACGUUUUCACCACACCCAACAGCAGAUUAUUAGACAAUAUGAAAAAGUGACAGGAGAAGAAGUCCAGCAUUCAUGCGCCUUCUGUCCAGUUACAUGUCGACCAACGUCAAGUAGUUCAAACAGGCCGACAUCAUCGACAGGGCUGCUGGCAGCUCACUUACCAUCUCACCAUGAUAGGCGAUACAACUGGACAAGGCCCAAGACAGCACCUACAACUAAACGAGAGGUGUCAAGUCUUCCCAGGCAUAAUAAUGUUCGAAGAGGGAGGGUACCAUACUACACAAACUUUGUUUCCCAAAUUCCCCUCCAUCUACGAGACCGCACCCCAUCUCCUCCACCUUCCAGAAGGAGACGGGCCUUCCAGGAAGAGUCACCAUCUCAACCGGUAGUAGGUGAUGAGGAAGAAGAGGUGUUGGAGGAAGUAGAAGAUGAUUUCUUGGAGGAGGACAUCAACAUUGAAGAAGAUGAUAUAGCAGAGCCAGUUGAGGAAGCACCCAGUCCACCCCCUCCCCCAGCCAAAGUGGAAGUAGAACCUAAGCUGGAGCCUCCAUCAGAGGCGAUGGAAGCCUGGAGUCCGGAAAUACCAGCUCCAACACCAACUCCUUCAGGAUCAAGAAGGAAUUCUGAACUAGAGCCACCUGUGAUAGAAAAACCCCCAUCACCCAUACCCAGCCCUCCUCCUUCCCCAAUCCCACCGCUGCCACAAGAAAAGCCAUCGCCCCCACCGCCAACCAAGUCCCCCACACCACCACCCCCAAAGAGCCCCUCUCCACCCCCCAAAUCCCCUACCCCACCUCCACCAACAGUUGAACUAUCUAUAAAACCCCCCAGAGAGUGUGUCCAUAAACCAAAGCCUCCUGUCCCGCCCUUGCCAAAGGUCAAGAAAGAGGUAAGGAUAGAAGAGCCACCCAAGGAUCCACCCAAAGAGAAGAUAGUUGUGAAGAAGGAGAAAAAGCCCAUUCAGAUUGUGUCCAAGAGUCCGCCAGUGGAACUACCCGCACCUGUGCCUCUCAAACCAUCUCUGAAGAAGUCUCCUUCUGAGCCCAAGAUAGAAGUGACCCCACCAGUGAAGAUGGAACCGCCUCCAUUACCUACCCUAGAGCCUGAACCUGCUGUGGAACCCCCUGCCAAACCCUCUCCUAAGGAGGACACCAAGGUGGAGGAAGAGAAGGUGCCUGAGAAAACAGAUGAUGGCUCUCCCAACACCGAGGAUGUUGCAGAGAAGAAGAAGCUCGGCCCACCACCAACCAAGGUCAAGGUUGACAUGUUUGGGAUGGACCCUCAGUCUAUAAAACAAUUACUUGACCUCCAGAUGAGAGCGAAGCGGAAGGGUGGCAACCUCGAUGAUGAAAACGAACAGCCACGCCCAGAUUUGGCUAGUCUACUGGAACCAACCAACCGGAUGCUAAAGCAGAGUGACUGGUUGAGGGGCCGUAUUGCCCUUUCUAGACGAGCAGCCAGGUUUGAACUUCCAAUGGACGUGGGUGAUUUGGCUGAAAUGUCUCCUGUAGACUACCUUCGUAGGCACUGCAUCAUUAGUCAACGCAGGAGGGCGCUAUAUAAGAAAGCAUUCGUGAAGGUCGAUAAAGACAAUGAUGGGAAAAUAAAUCGAAAGGAACUCGAGAAGGCAGUACUCGAUGCUCUUGUAGACACCAUCCAACCUGACAAGGUAGAGGUCGCUCUAGGUUACCUUGGUGCGGAGGGCGAUGCAGUAUUCAACUCUCGAUUCUUUUCCACCUUCUGUGCACUUCUUGAGAGGCUUUACUACAGAGAGUUUACGAAAGACGAUGUCGUAGAAAAGACUGACACCAAGGAGAAGGAGAUCCUAGAGGAAGCGGAUUUUUCCGGUUUGGACUGGAAACUCCAUGGCCAGUAUGUAAACCCACCCCUGAAGGCACUUCUCUACAUGCUGUGAUAACAGGGGUUGUCUUCAAGGAGAGAGAGCUUUACCUCCAAACUAGUUCAUACUAGGAGACCAUCUUUUACAGAGUUGUGUUGGAUGCAAUCAAACUCAAGUAGAAGUUCAUCUCAGUUCCUGUCUCUUAAUCGCACAACUUGAGAUCAGUCUCGGUUUGAAUUUGAUUUUGAUUUCUGGCAGCUCUUAGAAGGCUGGUCACGGAUUGCAGCUGAGUGUUCUGGUUCUAACUGGGUAAACCUAUUUCUGAUGAAAUUGCCAGUUUGUGUUUACUACCUUGUAAACGUUGCCUUUUGUUUUGCAGCAGACAGUGAUGCUGGAAUGU